AUGAGGAAGAACGUAUUAAAUACGCUUCUCGCGCAAGAGACCGUGUCCGGUUGGAUACUGACUGGUCGCGCGGAGUCAGUCAGUCCAACCAACAAUAUCGUAUCGUAUUUUAAUGAAGUCUCGUUGGACAAGCAGCUAGCUGCAUUUUGGGAGCUGGAGGAUGUUGCAAAGAAAAAAGGCAUCAACGAAGAUGAUAAAUACUGCGAAGAGCUCUUCAAAGCAACUACGACACGAAAUACAGAUGGAAAAUACAUUGUGUCUCUACCUUUUAAACGGGAUUUUCCGAAAAAUGUGUGCUUAGGACCUUCGCUGAAAAGAGCAUGCCCUCAGUUCUACCGGAACGAGAUGCGACUAGUGAAAAAGCCUGUCCUUCAAACAGAGUACAACCGGGUUGUAUCUGAAUACGAGACACAAGCACAUAUGUCAAAAAUUAAUAAACACAUUUCACCAGAUUCAACGGACUGCUAA